AUGCCCGCAUCACUGAUGUUUUUCUCCCAAGAGAACCAAAGCUUUACUUGUUUCAGCCAAGACUUUGUUUACGACGAGAAUGAAGAUUACGGAUUUACUUUGAUUGAGUCAGUAUUGUCCGAGUUGAGAUGUAUGGUCACUGACAUUUAUUUCGUGAAACCGCCAACCCAAAUUAAUCCAAACGUUCACCUAUCCAUCAACGAAAAGAGUAUCUCGAAGCAAAACAAAGCUAGUGCAUUUUACUCAACGGACUCCAUGCCUACGUUUUCAAACUAUGUGGAUUUGGAAUCUCAUAUCAAAAAAGCCAGCACUGAUAAUCGACACAAGUCUACGCAACAAUCAAACAAGAGGUUUAUGAAGUCGAAGAUGGUCAGGGAAGAUGAUAGCCCUGUUGAUGCUUUCAAGGAGAGUAACUUCACGCCAUCCUGUGACUACAAGGAUUAUAGACUUGAUUCUGAUACAUCCAUGGUUAUUGAGUCUUCUAAAACGAUGCUUGCAAGAACAACGAAGCAAUUUCGAAGCAUCAAAAAGAACCAAACCAGCUUUCUAUCACUCAACAAUAGUUCCAACGACAAGACCAAGACCACCACGUGCUUUAAUUCAUUAAAAGCAGGCACUAAGCAAGUUCCGAAGCCCGCGAGCACCGAAAAAGUUACCAACAAUACCAGUUUUGCACCUAGUCUAGCCACAGCACAAGCCAAACCAUUUGCAACCCCAUGGGAUGACUGCGAUGAAGAUGGAUUAGAUGCUCCAACCAAAGAUGUUGAAACAGAAAGCCCAGAGGAGAAUCGACUAGUGUCCAGUUCUGGAAAAGAUCAUUACAACUUUACUCCACCUCCACCAACCAUAGCAUUGAAAAAGACACCCGCGGUAUUGCAUAUUGGUGACGACUCCAUCAAAGAUAAAAAAGUCAGAUUCAACAAUAGGAUGGAAGUGCGACGAAUUAGUGGUGACAAAUGUCAAGAUUUCACCAGAGUCAUUGAAGGGAAAAGGAAGGACCAGGGUCUCAAAAGGAAAAGGUCUUGGGGGGCGAAAAGAGCUUCAAAAAGAAGCAAUGGAGCAAAAGUGGGCAUCCUCAAGGAAACGGGAUAUUCUCCCGAGGAUCACACCACAGACGAAGUUAUACCAUUGUUUUCCCCUGAUUCGGAACUGGGACGUGUUGCCCUUCAACUUGGAAUUGAUCUGGAUAACGAUGAUGAUGGCAGUCAAGGUGAAGACUAUGAAACAGAGCAAGUGAGUUGUCCGUUCACCAUUCGUUGUGAUUUGUGGAAUGACGACGACUAUAAGAAGGAUUGGCGACCAAGCUCAAAGUCGUUUGCAAACACUUCUAUGAAGAGGUUCAAGGUCAAAGUUAGGAGGUUCAUGUACGGGAUCAAAACAUGCGGAAAGCGGCUUCAGAGCUUGAUGUCAUUGCACGCUCUUUCCAGCAAAGCGGCUGGUCUGGCCAACCGGUCGUUUGUAAGUCUAGAACAGAGUGAGUAUGAGGUAAGCGAAGAAGCAGGACCCAUGAUGAUCAUUGCUCCUUCAAUCAGACCUAUGACUACGAGGUGCUGA